UCGAAAUGUACCCAACAUUUCUUAAUGCAUUUAACGAGUCUGGCCCGCCGAUAGGUCGAUUUCUUUUUCGAGUUUACUCAGUUGACAAAACUGAGUGUAAUUUUCCUCGUUUUGUUUAGCUUUUUAUCAAUUGUCAUCGAUAUCAGGAAUUUGAAGUUAAUAGAUGAAUAAAAUAGGGGGUUCCGGUUCAUAGUAGUAGUGCAAACAUAUGCUGUCUCCCAGUUGUGUGCUAUGCUCUCCUGCAGUGCGGCAUGAGCCUUCGAACGGAGUGGUGAUCGUACGUUAUUCAAGUGUUGUGUGGUGCGUACAAAUCGUAAAGACGAGCGGCUUGUUUUGUGCGUUCAUCUUCGAAAAUAUUUGAUGACAACUCUUCAAAUGCAUCUGAAUGACAAGUUUUCAUACUUGGCAAAUGGAUGAUGCAUGCUAUAUCUGGAAAGUUGAAGUUAUUCUACUGAAGUGUUUCAACUACUUUCUGAAAUGACAAAUCCUCUGUGCAGAAACUGGGCUCUAAUUCUUUAUAUAGGACUACAUGAGUUUGAACGAUCAAUAUGAGGAGCUUGCGCUCUACUUGGCGAAGGCACAGAAUGAUAUUUCACAAGCACUGGAAAACCAAUAUGCGACCCAGUUAGCAACCCAUAAACUGGACGAAGUGAAAAAAAUACCAACGAACGAGAGAAUUUUUCGACCAUUGAAAAACGGUGUCAAUCCAAAGCCAGAUAAUAAUGGUCACAAGGUUCACUUCGCUGAUGCUUACGAGGAGAUCUAUAUAGAGCCGAAUGUGAUCGUUAGAGAUGGAGGGAGUACUCCAUAUCCUACACAGAAGGAUAGAUUAAAAAACAACGAACAGUGCCUUAAGAGUUGCCUGAAAAAACCGUUCAAAGAAUCUCAACAGAAUAAGAUCACAAGUGGGUUCUUUGACAACUCAAAUAUAAGCAUGAGGAAUAAUAGCUCAUUCCCUAGAAAUAUGAUACCACAACAGAACAAUAACCGUGCUAUCCCGAAGAUAACACUUUCUGGGAGCUACCCCUGCUUGGCAUCACCUGAAACGAACAUACUAUACGCGCCUGAUUUACCUUUGAGUGGCAACUAUUUAUCUCCUCAAAAUGUCAUACCUUCAAUGCGAAGAUGGAGUCCAAGCCCAGCAUUUUUUCAAGAGGAAAAGCCUAGAUCAUACCAAGACACCGCUCUUUUUUAUACAGAUAACAGCGCAUCCUUUCAAGAGGCCACCUCCAUCUGCAGCAAAGAAAAUAGACCGUUGUGCUACGAAGAUCUCAACAGUGUAUUCUAUAAGGAACCAAAGGAAUCCAAACCAAUCCUAUACCAAGAAACGGGCAUUCAGUGUGACAACCUACCAAACGAAAUAUACCACUCGACAGAUGCGCACAACGCUAAUGAGGCAGAUGAGAAUCUACUCGCCCUAAUUGCAUCUAUCAAAGCAGAUAUUCAGGAACUGAAACAGAGGUACGAAAACGACGAUGAAAUCGAAAGGAAUCGGUUCUUAACCAAGGAGUUGGACGAGAUACUCCAAAUGUAUAAAAUGAAUAUGUCUAUGGAAAGAGAAAACGAUAUGAUAUCCGAAAUUGGAAGUACUAGCAGCUAUCAAUCAGAAAGCUUAGCAAAUGUUGCUCAUAAUGCUGUUACCCAAACCUCCCCUCCUCUUUCAAUAAGCUCAACUAAUCUAUCCAAAGGCUCAGACUGCUCGUCUUCACCUUGCUUAACCUCAGUAUCGGAUACUGAACUAGCAGAUGACGAAAGUAUUUCCUCGAACGAAAUAAAAUAUCAAAAACCAUCCAUCGAUUGGAUGGUUCACUCAACACCUCAGGCCGUUUUGAGGAGCAAAUCGUCAUCAGCACCAGUCUUGAAAAACAAUCAACCGAAGGUGAACAAGCAGACUCGAUCGCAGUCGGAUCGGCACCUGGCUGAAAUCGAAGCGGCAGAAGCAUGCAAGUGGCUGAGAGCUACAGGGUUUCCCCAAUAUGCACAAAUGUACGAAGAUAUGCAAUUUCCUGUGGACAUAUCCACUGCGGCGCAAGAUCAUCCACGGUUGGAACCUGACAUACUCAACUCCUUAUUCAGGAGGCUCCAAAUUCUUAACAAUUGUGUGCAUCUUCACCAGCAGAGGGUAGCGCACAAUACGGAUGAAUCUGAAGACGAAAACUAUGCUCUGAGCAAAAAUUGGACCUUUCAAUCUGAUAUCAGGAGAUGGUCCAGGGCUUGUAUAAAUGAACCAACCGUACAAAGUGACAGCACGAAGACCAAGAAAACCUCGGAUUCCGAUGGUGCAUGCGAUGAUCAGAAUGGAUCGCCAAGGGAAAGGCUAAGGAGGGGUGGUUCGGUGAAAUGUCGUAGACGAAGAGAAGGUGUGAUCAUCAGUGAAAACGGGGCAAAACUGUUAGACUCUCUUUCAGAACAACUCAGCGGGAUUUCUGUAGCUUCGAGUUUGAAUCACGCGUCUGAUUCUGAACUCACUCCGAAAUUCUAUAACAGGAUUUGGAGGAAACCAUCAGAGGACGAAUUCCAACAUAAUGUUAGUUCGGAUAGUAGAACCGAGUGCCAAAUUCCAUCUGCAAAAGAAGAAGAAAGCAAUAUAAUAUAUUGUAAAUUCUCCUCUCACCAACUGGGCCAACUAGAAAAGAUAGCAAUGUUAAAACUCACAGCAUAUAUAGAAAAAUAUUGUCCAACACAUAGAACCGGAUGGAACUGGGAGGUACCCAAAAAUCUGUUGAGGAGAAUGAAGAACCCUGCCUACAAAGAUAAAGUUGUUUUUGGUGUACCAAUCCAACUAACCUUACAAAGAACUGGCCAUCCCUUACCAAGAAAUAUUGAAAACGCACUUGAAUGGCUGCAGCAAAAUGCAGCAGACCAAGUCGGUCUAUUCAGAAAGUCCGGGGUUAAAUCAAGAAUUCAAGCACUAAGAAAUACUGUUGAAUCAUCGAAUGAAAUACUUUCUUUCGAAGAUCAACAAUCAUAUGACGUUGCAGACAUGGUUAAGCAGUAUUUUAGGGAACUACCCGAAGCAUUGCUCACGAAUAAACUUUCCGAAACCUUCAAACUGAUUUUUCAGUAUGUCCCUGUAGAACAUCGUUUAGACGCUGUACUCUGUGGGAUCUUCUUGAUGCCUGAUGAACAUAUAGAAGUACUUCAAACACUGGUAUCUUUUCUCAUAGUAAUUGCAAAGCACUCGAAGGAGAAUCAAAUGAAUGAAAGUAAUUUAGCUACUUGUUUCGCACCGUCCCUCUUCCAUUAUUCCUCGAUAUCAAAAUCAAAUCUUGGAACCCCACAGGCUAAAGAUUUGGCCGAGAACAAAGCAGCUCACGACUGCUUGCUAUUUUUUCUAGAGAAUCACGAAAAGCUCUUCACGAUCCCUAAAGGAUUAAUCAACCAGUGCAAUCCUGCAGAGAUGAAAGAGUGGAAAGUGUUGAAUCUGAAAGAACUGGGUAAAGCUAUGGGUGGUUGGAAAGAAUACCUUAAAGAAUGCGAGCAGGCGUAUUUGAGAGAACUGAAAGAAAAAUCUCGAGGUUGGACGUUGCUUCCGAACCUCAACAACACCAAAGUCGAAAUUUUUUUCAAAAAAAUCGACGACGGUCUCUCUGUGAGAGUUUGGAAAGUGGUAGCAGACAUUGAUGCACCACCUUCAGAAGUGAUGCACAGGAUUUUGAGGGAGAGGCACAUAUGGGACUUGGAAUUGGUGUCGACCAAGAUCGUGGUUCAACUAGAUAGAAAUACGGAAAUUUUUCAGUAUGGCAGAAAAAGGAUGACACCUUUACCGGUAGAAGAAUAUUGCGUGGUUCGCCAUUGGAAAACCGAUCUGCCAAAGGGCUCGUGUUUGAUUGUUGAAACUUCGGUAGAACACGAGGAUAUCAUUCACAUUCCCGAUUGUAUAAGAGGGAUUGUGCAUGCGUCGAGGUUUUAUAUAGAACCAUGUGGAUCUGGAAGGUCCCGUCUUCACCAUAUGUGCAGAACGGAUACGAUGGGAAGGAAACCAGAAUAUUACUACAAAAACUACGGUCAUAUAAUUGGGUUUUUCAUUUCUAAUAUACAGUCCUCCUUCUGUCAUCGGACAAUUGGGCCUGAAAGCAAAGUUUGAGAAGCCAAAGAUUAGAAUAAUUCAAAAAGUAUUUGUACCUAAUCAUUUCAAAUAAUUCUCGAGGUUUCUCCCAUCCUUCCUUAAUCAAUAUCUUGAAUAAUAUCUCGGGUACUCUUAAUGCCAUGAGAUUAUUGUUAUUAUGUUGAAACCAUGUACAGAUUCAAUCUUAUUUUGUUGUAAAUAAUACCGUUUUCUCUGAAAAGAAUGGAUAGAAAUUUAUCUGUUCAUGCUAGUCAUGAUAAGUUCAUGAUAUGAACUCAAAUCACCAAUUUCAGGUUGUACUUACGAAUGAAAAUGUCACAUCUUAUGGGUCAGUUGUAUGUGGAAAAUCUCUCAGCAUUAAUUUUGACAAUAUAAUAUAAAAAAAAAUUUAAACAUAUCUACUUAUAUUUAUACACAUAUUUAUAGAAUGCAGAGAUACAACAGUUAUAAGAAAUAUUUUAUUUUUAUAUGAUAUAUAGGAAUGUUAACUGUUUCAUGUUGUCCUGUUCUUCCUAGAAAUGUAAAAACUUUAGAUUAUCAGAAUACAUUGUUGAUUAAA